AAAUGUCAGUAUUUGUUUUUAUUUUGUCUGUGGGAUAAAGGUUUUGACUGAACUAGAGUAGUUACUCGGUUUAGUAAUAUAGAUCCAUGACGAGGUCAUGGACUAGAUAAAAUAUGAUUACAUAUACAUUCACAUGCAUAUUUAUAAUUAUAACAGUGUAUAUGUAGAGAGUCGUAGGUAUAAAUACUGUCCCAAAACGCUACGAUUUCAUAUGGAAUAUUACAACUGAAAAGCUAAAUGAGAAACCGAGUAGAAGAAAAGUUCCUCGAGUUCUACGAGGGUUGGAUUUUUCAACUCGAGCAAUAUCUUCAUCAGCUCUUAAUUGCUCAUAACAACAUCAACACUAUGAGUGAGAUCGAGCUCCGAGGUUUGAUCUCAAAGCUUACUGCACAUCACAAAGCUUACUACACAGCGAAAUGGGCAGCCAUAGGAGAAGACGUUUUAGCCUUCUUUGGACCGGUUUGGCUAAACCCGUUAGAGAAAUCUUGUUUUUGGUUAACCGGAUGGAAACCGUCGACGGCGUUUCGGAUGCUCGAUAGGCUGAGAAAGUCGUGGAGGCCGACGGUGGUGCUUGUGGAGGCUCAGGUGAGGAGGUUGGAGGAGCUGCGAGUUAAGACGAGGUUCGACGAAGAAAGAAUUGAGACAGAGAUGGAGCGAUAUCAGGUGGCUAUGGCUGACAGGAAAAUGGUGGAGCUGGCGAGACUUGGAUGUCGUGUCGGUGGAGUCGAAGGAGAAUCUACAGUGUUGGUUGAGGCGGCGGUGAAGGGAUUAGCGACGAGGCUUGAAAAGAUGGUGAAGGCGGCAGAUUGUGUGCGGCUGAAAACGCUUAAGGGUAUUUUAGACGUUUUAGCUCCGCCCCAGUGUGUUGAGUUUUUGGCAGCGGCGGCUGCGUUUCAGGUUCAGUUACGUCGGUGGGGAAACGAAAGGCAUAAUGUCACUCACUCCUAUGGUUCCUGACACAUACUUCAGUACUUUUGUUUCGUCCUUGCCAUGUACCUGUUUUUUAUUUUCAUAUGUAUGAACAAAAAAAUGAAGUUCCAUUAACUACCUCUUUUCUUGUGUGGAAUCUUCAAAAUAUACGAACUACAAAAGAAACAUAUAGAUCCCUGACUGGCUGUCAUAUUAACUUCGAGAAGGUUCUGUGGUAAUACACUGAUUACUAAUAGGUUGUUUUUGGAAUGUUUUUACUACGAGAACUUAUACACUUGCUUGUCAAUAAUUUUGGAAAUGCUUGGGAAAAUGGCAUCUCUUUAUCAUCACAAUUCUUCAACUGAUACUUUCCAAUUUAAAUCAUUUUUAUUAUUUAGAAAAGAAUGUUUUGCGAUGUCAAAAAAAAAUAUUUUGAAAAUUGGCUCUUUUCAGCAUAACUUUUCAUUUUGUAAGAUAAGACUAAAUAUAGAAUAAUAAGCUAAAUCGAAUAAGACUGUUACAAGGCGAUUCUAAUGACUAUUGUUGUAAUCACCAUUUUUCUGCAACUCUCAUCUAAGGAUGUUGAUUCUGCGAAGAUCCAUGGAAGAGUUCGUUUUCUAUAAGACUAUAACUCUAUUUGCACUGGACUCGUCACUACGGUAUAUCCGGUUGAGUUCAUCCGCAAUUGACAACACUUUGUAUCUUGCUUGUGUACACAUACUUUCUCCGUAAUGCAUCUCGAGAUCCUGUUUAAAAACAAUCUAUACGUGUUUUGUUUUUCCUUAUAAUGGAGAAAAACAUUCAGAUUUACUCACAAUGGUAGUUAUUUAUCUCUUCUUCCAAUUUUUUUUUUGUAACACUUAAAAAGUGAUUCUCUUCUUCCAAUUUGUUGUUGUAAUUUCAGGCAUUGACUUCAUGACCAUAAUCAAUGACAAGUUGAAUUUAGGUUAAAUGGUAAGAAACUAUCCUAACCGCUUUGCUUUGGAACAAUUGCUAUUAAACGAUCAUGAAAAAUGUAUGUCGGAGUCAGGAAAUUAGAAGAUGAAGGAUAAUCUCUUUUUUGGUUUCUGUGGAAUGAAUAAAUAUAUUGGAUUCAUAAUCAAAACUGGGAUUGUCCAUGUCAAUGCAACUACAAAGGUGUUUGAUAUCUACAGAGACUACAUUUGACAUCUUUAUUGGACAUGCAAUAAUGAAUCUUGGAGAAAUAAUUUUUUUGUUGUAUGACUAUGGUUUUAGAAUCGUUGAAGAUUGGUCAUUCUAAUGAUUAUUUAUUUCCAAAAAAUCAUUAUAUGGGUUCUUUGUCGAUGGACAUAUGUAUCAGUAGUGGCAAUUGACCAAUGUUAUACAACAAAAAAAAAAUAAGAGAAAGUUUUAAGUUUCAUUGCACGGUCGAUAUCCAAACAUGAAGAUUGCACUAAGAGAAUUCAGGAGAAAGGUUCUUCAAAUUUUAUUUCAUGUCUCUUUUAGCCAAGUGCAUGUAACCUAUAUUCUCAACGUUUCCCUGCUAGCCGGGAGUUGUAACCAUCUCGAUGCCCGACUUCAGGUUGAUUUUAAUUAAUAUUUAUAUAUUAAAAAAAAAUUAUUUCAUGUGUUGUAAUGGUGUCUCUUAUUUUUAGAUUUGAAUUUGGUUGUAUCUUUAUUUUUUUCUGUGUAAUGUUAUAUUUUAUAUGAAUAUUGUAGUGAUCUUAAAAUUUAUCCGCAAAGCUGAUUGAUUUUUAAUUUUUACUUAUAAUUAUUUUAUCAGUCUUAAAAAUGUGAAAACAUUCUUCAACAUAAUAUUUUGAGGUGUAACUUAUACUAAUAACUAUUUUUAGCAAUUUUAAUAUAUAUAUAUAUAUAUAUAUAUAUAUAUCUACCAGGACAAAUCAUUAUCUUCGUUUUGCAUAUAUUUCACAUUAUAAUAACGAUGCCAAAAAUAAACCAGAAGGUUGUCUCUUUAACAUAUCUAAAAAGUAUAUAACAUUUCACAUAUAACUGUUUCUAGAAAUCCUGAAAAUUAACUUAAACAUUCUGAUUAUUAUUAUUAUUAUUAUUAUUAUUAUUAUUAUUAUUAUCGAUUUUAAAAACUUAAUAGAUGACACAAGAUAUCACUCGAAACCUACCACUAAAACCGCCAGAGACUAUAACCGGUUGCAGUGAAUAUUUCAUUCAUUUGCAUGUUUUACAGCUCAACAUCACUUAUCCACGUAUCUUCAGGGUCCGUGAUGCAUCUUCUGCAUCAUCAGUUGUUAGGUCCAUCCACGGAGGUUCCGUACUGUACAUGACAUCUUCAGUCUCUCUUUUUUAAAAAAAAAAAAACUUAUUUUGAUACAGACACAAGAACAAGGGAAACAACUUCCAAACAUAAUCGUAACAUAAUCCAUUCUUCGAUUCACAUUCUCAGAACCUUAGUUUACAAAAAAAAAAAUCUCAGAACCAGAUAUCAUCUCUUCUAUGCGUAAAACUCGCUCUACAUCAAUACAUUGAGAGAACCACCAGCUCUUAGCUUGAACCUAUUUUUGGUAAUCCUAGCGGUCCUUUGUGAUUAUCUUUUUAAUUUUUUGGCAAUUCUUCCUUUGAGAGUAUCAUAUACAAGCAAACCAAUAGGAAAUAAAAAUUAGUCACAAAUAUUUCAUCACAAAUAGACACGUGAAUACGAUAUCUGCCUAUACUACCGUGCCUCGUUAUACAAACACAUAUCGAAACUCGUUUAUAUCAAAUCCAUCAAGAAGCAAACACUAAUCCAAAACAAACUGAAUGUGAAGAAUCAAGAACCAAAAGCUCGUAUAAGAAAACUGAUUUAAGAAACCAGAAGAAA